CACAGCCUGUGAUUGCCACCCCGUGGGCGCGGCCGGCAAGACCUGCAAUCAGACCACGGGCCAGUGUCCCUGCAAGGACGGUGUGACGGGCAUUACCUGUAACCGCUGCGCCAAGGGCUAUCAGCAGAGCCGCUCUCCCAUCGCCCCCUGCAUAAAGAUCCCUGUGGCACCACCGACCACGGCCGCCAGCAGCGUGGAGGAGCCGGAAGACUGCGAUUCCUACUGCAAGGCCUCCAAAGGGAAGCUGAAGAUUAACAUGAAAAAGUACUGCAGGAAGGACUAUGCGGUCCAGAUCCACAUCCUGAAGGCGGACAAGGCAGGGGACUGGUGGAAGUUCACGGUGAACAUCAUCUCUGUGUACAAGCAGGGCGCGAGCCGCAUCCGCCGCGGUGACCAGAGCCUGUGGAUCCGCUCGCGGGACAUCGCCUGCAAGUGUCCCAAAAUCAAGCCCCUCAAGAAGUACCUGCUGCUGGGCAACGCGGAGGACUCGCCCGACCAGAGCGGCAUCGUGGCGGACAAGAGCAGCCUGGUGAUCCAGUGGCGGGACACGUGGGCGCGGCGGCUGCGCAAGUUCCAGCAGCGCGAGAAGAAGGGCAAGUGCAAGAAGGCGGAGGGCAGUGGGCCCAAGGACACCCCUGAGAAGCCCCAGCCGGGUGGUCACCGCCUCACGCUGGAGCUGCCUGUUGGAGGAGGCAUUGCGAAGCUCGGCGGCCUUUUACUGAGCACCUGCUCUGUGCCAGGCACUUUACCCACGUGA